CCGUAGCGGGUUUCUACAUAAAGACAAUACUCCCCGAGCAACAUUCGUUGUUCUGGUCACUGACAGAUUUCGUUUGCAUUUGCCUCGACACCUCCGCCACAUGUUACAAUUUUCAUUUCUGGUUGAAAAUGUGUUGUUAGCAACCGCCAUUCUUAUCCUGACCAUAGUAUUUGCAAAAGGAUUGCGGUAUAGCUUGAAGCCAAAAACAAACCUUGAAAAUUCUAAAGCAAAUUUAUUUACGGUCGCCCCAGUAUCUCUGGACUUCAAAUGGGAUGAAGAAGCACCACUUAAGUCAUAUCCUUUCAAGGACAAAGAGUACAAAUUGACGAUGGGUAUUCGCAACAUUGACAUCUCAGAAUGGCUUUUGAUCGAGAACACGUACCUUAAGCGCAUAGAGGAAAAAACCAAAAUCACAACGAACAGUCACCCUGCAUACCCUGCGAGUAGAGAUUUGAAGAAAAGCACUGUUUUUAGUUCGCCAGAAGCUGAGGCAGCUGUGAGAGAAUUCUACGACAUUGCCAUAACUUACAUGUGCGAGAAGUAUCCAAUGUAUUUCGAACAUGUUGAUGACCAGAUCAAAAAUCGCAUUACUAAUGAACUGAUUCCAGCAAAAUCUUCUUGCGUCAAAGAUCACAAAGAUUUGCUCCCCUACUUGAUUCGCACUAUUGAGGAGGAUUUUAUUAUCCUCUUGAAGGACUCCUCAAAGAAGGACCAGCCCUACGGUGAAGAAUACUACUUCAAAGCUGGUGUAUUUGCCUUCGCCGCGGGAUUUGAUCCGGCGGAUAAAUUCAACCAGCCCCUCACUAUGAUCCAUAAGCCAAUUCCUGGAUAUGAGUCAAAGCUUAAAUUAUCAAUGAACCGAUUUUUUGAUAAAAUUAAAACAGGCGCAUUAGUAUCCCGCUCCAAUUUCUCCAUUCAAACACACGCUAAAUUUUUUGUUGAUGACGAAAAUAAGGGGUAUCACUUGACGGAAGAAGAAUUAAACACACCCAUCCCAUUUGAAAACCUCAACUUUGAGAAACAGGUUCAUUACCGAAGCGAGAGACAAGUUCUCACGAAGCUUCCCGAAUCUGAAGCUAUUGUCUUCACUAUUAGAACCUAUUUGCAUCCGAUGAGUGAUUUUGCUGAAAACAUGGAGGCUGCAAAUCGACUCCGUGGUACGCUUGAUAAGUUUCCAGAUGAUAUGGCUCGCUACAAAAAUAUCACACAGCCCAGACCUGCCGUGAUGAGAUAUAUUGACGAGUUACUGGUGUAGCUUUGCUAUCUCAUCCUUUGCUUCCUCCCACACCUCGAUAUUUCUUUUUGCCCACGUGAUGAAAAUUCGGUUAUAGUUUAAAAGAAUUUGAAACAUCAACUUGAGUUCAUUUUUUCUAAAGUUUUCUGCGUUUUGGUUCAACUCGUCCGCAAUGUAUGAAAUGUCUUGCAUCAUGACUUGUUGACAUUUUUCAAGAAUGCCUAUCCGCUCUUGCAAUUGAGUGAUUCUCUGCUUUCUUGUUAACUCCGGGUUUUGAUCCAUGAUAUCCGAGACAUAUUUGGUAAUCUUUUUCAUAGAUCCUAUGCUAGGUAAAAAUCUUGUUUUAGAGCUUGAUUUUUCUGGAAUAAAGAGAUUUUGGCUUGUUCCGAGACUGUAGGCUGGACUUUUGUUUAAAGACUGGGUCUGGAUACCCCUCUCAAUCCUACCGACUUCCAU